AAAAAAUGGAUUUAAAACAACCUACAAAUUUUAAAUAUUUUUUAUUUGAGCUGCUGGUCUGGUGUGGUGACAUUCGUGGAUUAAUCUUUAACGGGCAUAUUGUAUUUAAUUGAAACUUUAAAGAAACUCACUACAAAAAUUAUAGACCAGCAUGUCAAACACAAUGUACUUAUUAUAAGUUUAGAACAAUUUUCAGACGUAAAGAAACAGUAACACGUGUUUAAUAAGAAAAAAUGAAUUCACCAGUAUCUGCAUUCGCUGUGUAUAGAUCAAACAAGCAAUCUAAUUAUGAGAAAAAGAAAAAUAAAUCUAAAAGAAUAACGAACUCCUCAAAAGCACUUCCGAUCUCCCCAAAAGCACUUUCGAAAUCCCCAAAAGUUCAUUCGAAACCGAAACCCAUAUCAGAAGAGGUGAUGAAGAACGUCGCACAAAAACUGAAAAAAAAUAAAAAAAAGAACGAAUCUAAGAACAUAAUUAAAAAGAAGACUCACAAGAAGAAAAAAUCGAAGAAUACUAAAGCUACUAAAGGCGAUGACGAGCAGCCGGUUAUGAAAAGGAAAAUUAAAAGAAACCGAGAUGAUAAACAUGACAGUGAUGAUAUUCCCUCAUUAAUACCUAUAUCUUUCACUAACUUCCACGAAUCAAAUUUGGAUAGUGUUGAUUCAUGUUCAAGCAAUGGCAGUAUUGAUUUUGAGCCUGUACAAACUGAUAGUGUGGAGGAAGGUCUGAAAGUGUUUAAAUGGAUGAUUGCUCCUUACAACCCAGAAGAAUUCCUGAACAGAGUCUGGGAGAAGAAACCUCUCCAUAUAGCACGAAACAAGCCUGAUUAUUAUAAAGAAAUUAUAUCUACACCUAUCAUUGAUGAUAUGCUAAGAAAUGAAAGUAUACAGUUCACUAAAAAUAUAGAUAUCACUUCUUAUGUUGAUAAUAAAAGAGAAACACAUAAUCCUGAAGGUAGAGCUCUGCCACAUAUUGUAUGGGAUUUCUAUUUAAAUGGCUGCAGUAUUAGGCUAUUGAAUCCACAAACCUACAUACCAAAAUUACACUUAGUCAAUGCUACUAUGCAAGAAUUCUUUAAUUCCUUUGUUGGAGCUAAUGCUUACCUAACACCACCAGAUAGUCAAGGUUUUGCUCCCCACUAUGAUGACAUUGAAGCAUUUAUUCUGCAAACUGAAGGUAAAAAACAUUGGCGUAUCUAUAAGCCCUUGAAUGAAAAUGAAAUUUUACCUAGAGUUUCAUCUAAAAAUUUUAGUCAGGAAGAUAUUGGAGAUCCUAUAAUGGAAGUGACUUUAGAAGCGGGAGACAUGUUGUAUUUUCCACGAGGUUACAUCCACCAAGGAGUAACCAUUGAUGGAGAGCACUCCUUACAUGUUACAAUUAGUAUGUACCAGAAACACUCUUGGGCUGACCUUUUUGAGAAAAUGAUUCCUGCUGCAUUACAAAUGGCUAUAAAUGAAAAUGUAGAAUUAAGACAAGGUCUCCCUUUUGAUAUUUAUGAUAACUUUGGUAUAGUCAAUUCAGACUUGACUACUCCACGUCGAAAAGAACUAGAACUUAUAAUACACAAUCUGUUUGAGAAAAUCAAACAACACCUGCCGUUGGAUGAUGCAGUUGAUCAAAUGCACAAAAAUUUCCAACAAGACGCUCUUCCUCCUGUUCUGAAUGAUAUGGAAAAAUCAGUAACUGUAUUUGGUGAUACAGAUGUCAUGAUAGAAAAUGGUAAAGUUAUAAACAGAGUUGAAAUAAGUUUGGAUACAACAAUAAGACUAUUACGGAAAAACAUACUAAGGAUGGUCUCGGAAGACAAAAUCAAGCUUUAUUAUUACAUAGAAAACUCCUUAGAAUAUCACGGGAAUGAAAUGCCUUAUUUAGAAGUUGAUGAAGGUUUAGCACCAGCCAUUGAAACACUAAUAACAUCAUAUCCCAAUUAUAUAGCAGUGGAAAAUCUUGAAAUACCAAAUGAUUCAGAUAAACUUCAAUUGGCUGAUGCCCUGUGGUCUAGAGGAAUAAUAAUGACUGAAUUCCCAUUACAGAAUAUAGAUGAUGAUUAAAAUAGGUCAAUAAAUUAUUUUUUAACUUGC